AUGGCCGCGCCCGGAGAAGUUCAUAUCGUUAUAAGACACGUUCGCUCCAUAGGCUCAUUCAAGUUGCAGUAAGGCAGUUAGAGAGUGCCUUCGUUGUGGACAGUUGACAGUUCUGCGUGUCAAACUACAGUUUUCCAUUGGUCAUGAAUAAUCAUAUUAUACCCAAAGACUUUCCUGAACUGAAGAAUGACACAUUUCUACGUGCAGCGGCUGGUGAAGAGGUUGAGCAUGUCCCUGUCUGGUGUAUGAGACAAGCUGGCCGGUAUUUACCAGAGUUCAGAGAAGCACGGGCUGGUAAAGACUUCUUUGAGACAUGCCGUUCACCUGAAGCUUGCUGUGAGCUCACCCUGCAGCCUCUCAGACGUUUCCCAUUUGAUGCCGCCAUUAUUUUCUCCGACAUCCUCGUUAUUCCCCAGGCCUUGGGUAUGGAUGUUCAGAUGGUUCCAGGCAAAGGGCCUACUUUCCCAGAGCCUCUGAAGGAGCCAGAGGACCUCCAGACUUUGAGGAGCAAGGUGGACGUGCAUGCUGAGCUGGGCUACGUCUUCAAGGCCAUCACACUCACACGCCACCGGCUGGAGGGCAAGGUGCCCCUCAUCGGUUUCACUGGAGCUCCGUGGACCCUGAUGGCCUACAUGAUCGAGGGCGGAGGCUCCCCCACCCACUCCAAGGCCAAGCGCUGGCUCUAUCGGCACCCCGAGGCCAGCCAUCGGCUGCUGAAGCAGCUCACAGAUGUCAUCGUGGAGUACCUGGUGGGCCAGGUGGCCGCAGGGGCACAGGCCUUGCAGGUGUUUGACUCCCAUGCUGGUUGCUUGGGGCCGGUGGAGUUUGGGGAGUUUUCCCUACCGUACCUCAGAGACAUCUCUAAGAGGGUGAAGGAACGUUUGAAGGAUUCUGGCCUUGAGAAAGUGCCCAUGAUUGUGUUUGCCAAGGAUGGACAUUAUGCCUUGGAGGAUCUUUCCCAGUCUCAUUAUGAGGUUGUGGGUUUGGACUGGACCAUUGACCCACAGUCGGCACGGUUGAGGACUGAUGGCAAAGUUAGUCUCCAAGGCAACAUGGACCCCUGUGCUCUCUACGCCCCGAAGGAGCGUAUAUCAGAGAUCGUGAAGAAGAUGCUGGAAGGGUUCGGCACGCGAGGCUACAUCGCCAACUUGGGCCACGGUCUCUACCCAGACAUGGACCCUGAGAGUGUGGGUGCCUUCGUGGAAGCCGUCCAUAGCCAUUCCCGUCAACUCCUCAAGCUCAAGUGAACUCUUCCCUCCAUCCAUCCAAUAACAUCCAUCCAUCACAUAGGUUGAAUAAACAGAAAACUAAGGCCAAUGAGUUCACACAACAGCUCCAUACCAGGCUAUGUAGCGUAGCGCUAACCAAGGCUAGCAUGCUAACUGCUAGCCCAAUUAUAAUCUGCAUUUUGUCUUGGCUGUGAACAAGGAAGGAGGAGGUGAUAAGCUGUUUGUGACGGGAGGUGAUAACAUAUUGUCUUUUUAUGACUCAUUGGUCAAGCAACUGCUACAACUAUUGAUAUAUUUCAGCACUAGGAUAUGUGAUCAUGUGUGUAUGUGUGUAUAUAAUGCUGGAUGAUUUCUAAAUGCAAAUAAAGAGCUGUUGUUUUAUGGA